GACAUCUUCCUGCGGAUUCUCCUCCGAGGACCAAGCAUACCACCUCGACGGUGAACUGCGCCAUAUGAGUACUUACUAACUAGUCCCGAUUCAUUAUUAGCCAGGCCAACUCCUUCCAGGCUCUCUCGCAACAUCCAACCCACCCUGGGAUUCCAGCCAUGGGUGAUCCCGACGAGAUCCACCUCGGUGAGAGAGGAGGAGGAGGAGGAGGAGGAGAAGAAGAGGGCGGCAAAGGCGACAACGACGUGCAUGACGAGAUCGAAUACAGGUAUCUUACCUUCUCGACCGACUUGUCACCGGCAGAGCCAAGAAUCCUGUCCCAGAAUGACAACAACCAACCGCCUGUGCCACCACGCCCCCCUCAUUUAUCCCAAUUUUCCGACCCGCAAGGCUGGUCCCGCACCCGAAAAUCCUUUGUGACUUGGCUGUCCUGCCUCUCCACCUUCUUCACGACAUGGACGCCAGGCGCUUACACGGCAGGAUCUCCUCAAUACCAGACCGAGUGGGGCGUCAGCAACCUCGCCGUCUACUGUGGAAUUACCGUGUUCACGCUCUGUUUUGCAGUGGCGCCCAUGGUACUCGCCUCGCUGUCCGAGAUCACCGGUCGACGGCCGCUCUUUGUCACUGCAGGCGUGGUCUUUGCUGUCAGCCAGCUGGGAUCGGCUGUGACACAGUCAUUUGCCGGCAUGCUGGUGACCAGGGCCCUCGCAGGCAUGUCGUGCUCCGUCUUCAGUGCCGUAGUCGGCGGCGUGAUUAGUGACAUCUAUGUCGCAAAGGAUCGCAACACCGCCAUGGCCAUCUUCACCGGUGCUGCACUGGCCGGCACUGGCGUUGGGCCCCUGGUGUCUAGCGUGAUCGAGCAGCACCUGAGCUGGCGGUGGAUCUUCUACCUCCAGACCAUCACCUGCUCCCUCAUGGUUGCCGCGCUAUGCCUGUUCUUCCCUGAGACAAGAGGCAAUGUGCUGCUCAGCCGGAAGGCGAGCGUGCUCAACGCCUGGUAUGACGCCGUGCAGCAUUCACAAUCAGCCCCGCCUCCUCCUUCUUUUCCUUCUUCUCCUUCUGCGGUGGUGCAGAUCCGGUGGAGGGUCAAGGCCGACGAGGAUCGAGCGUCCGUCCCACAGCUCGUCAAAACAUCCCUGCUGCGGCCCAUCCAGCUUCUGGUAACCGAGAGCGUCGUGUUCUGGUUCUCCAUCUGGAUGAGUUUUGCCUGGUCGAUCCUGUACAUGACGUUCGAGAUCAUCCCGCUGGUCUUUGAGCGGGUGUACGGCUUCUCAGCACAAGCGGCUGGCCUCUGCUUCACCCCCGUCAUCGUUGCAUCCCUGCUCGGCACCGUUGCCGCAGUAUGGCAGGAUGGUCUCCUCCUGGGUGGGCCCGACGUGGCAGCCCUGACCACGACGCCACCGCCAGAGAUCCGGCUGGUGUUUGCCUGUUUCCAGGCCCUGCUCCUCCCCGCCGGCCUUUUCUGGCUCGGCGCCACGAGCCGUCCCUCGAUCCCGUGGGUGGUCCCUGUGCUCUCCAUUGGCAGCACCACGCUUGGCAUUUUUACCGUCUACCUUGCUGUCUUCAAUUACCUGGCCGACACCUACCACACCUACGCCAGCUCUGCCAUCGCUGCCCAGAGUUUCACCCGCAAUGUCUUUGCUGCCUGUCUGCCCCUGGCCGUUGAGCCCAUGUUUAAUACUCUUGGCCCCACGGGUUCUGGUUGUCUACUUGGCUCCAUCGGCCUGGCCUUGGGCGUCGUCCCCUGGGUUUUAGUCUUGUGGGGACCGCGCAUCCGCGCUCGAAGCCCGAUCCUAUCCGCCUUGGCUAUUACUUGAAAGAAUCUGAGACAGAGAGAGAGAGAGAUAGAUUUAGAGUAAGAAAGCAGGAAUGUAUGACAGGUCUGGGCUUUUCUUUCUCCUUCGGCGCUGACUUGGUGUGUGUGGAUACUUGAUGUGGUCAGAGGGGCGGGGAAGAACAAGUCGAAACCGGUUCGUGGAGUGUCAAGGUUACAGUAGAUUGGCGUCAGAGAUGAAGGAUGCCGUGUUUUCCCCGGACCUGAUAGUUUGUUUUCGCUGCAAUUCAGAUGCAUGAUACACUACUUAGACACCCUGUAACUUUGUAUAGCACAUUAAAGAACUUAGAUGAGAUCGCCAAUC